AUGAGCUCUCUUCCUCCUCCACCUGCAGGUAUCGAUCCAAAUCUCUGGAACCAAAUUCUUCAUAUACGUACUGGAUGUUUUCCACAACUUCUUCCUCAGAUAAAGAAUGAUUAUGGAUAUUGGCCAAGUCUCGGGGCUGGCAUCGCCUUCGAUGUCCUCUUUGGAUUGGCUUUGAUCGGUCAUGUUAUUCAGGCGAUCCGUUUCAGACGCUGGACGUCUAUUCUCUUCGCCAUUGGAGCUCUCACCGAAGCGAUAGGUUGGGCUGGCCGAACAUGGAACGCCAAGUGCCCCUACAAUCACGAUGCAUUUUUGAUGCAAAUCACUACUCUCAUUAUUGCGCCAACUUUUUUUGCAGCCGGCCUUUAUGUCCUCCUUGGCACUCUAAUAAAUGAACUUGGCCCGCAAACAAGCAGCCUCUCACCCAGCUACUAUGCUAUAAUAUUUUGCACAUGCGACGUCAUCUCUCUUGUCGUGCAAGCCGUUGGCGGGGCUUUGGCAGCCAGAGCUACUGUUGAGAUCAACGGCGACUCAUCAACUGGAACUCACAUUAUGGUUGCCGGGAUCGCAUUCCAAUUGUUUACAAUGAGCGUCUUUGCUCUACUCGUCGUUGACUUCCUCCGUCGGGCUAGGGGCCUAGUGAUAAAGAGACCUAUAAAGCCCGUUCUGAUAGGGCUCUUCGUUGCGUUUUUGAUGAUAUACAUCCGGUCCAUCUACCGCACGAUCGAAUUGGCUGAGGGGUGGACAGGGUUCUUGAUUACCCACGAGGGGUACUUUAUUGCGCUCGACGCGACUCUCAUGGUGAUUACUGUGACUGUCUUUCUGUUAUUUGACCCAGCCGUGCUACUGCGCGAGGAAUCUGUUUCGUGGGAGGCAGGCGAUAGAAAGGUUCAUGAACAAAAGCACUUGCUUUCGUGGUUUCAAGUUGCAAAACGAACAUAG